CUGCGCGCAUGGUACGCGCGUGGUUUUAGGCCCUGACGGGGGCGCAAACCUCGUAUUGCGUCGUCGCCGUCGCUUUUCGCGUGGCACCGAAAGUUCGGGUUUCGACAGAGCCCACCCGUUGCUCAUCAUCAGCAGCAUCAUCAAUCGCCGCGACCGUCUCCGAUAGCGCGGUGCGUCGUACGCGUCGCGAGUGCGUGAACAGCGUACCGAACACGCGAGCACCAAGCACGUACACUUGUUCCGCCGCCCUUAUCGAUUUUCCGAACGGGGCCAAACGGGCGCAACGGCGCUCCGGUUGUGCUGGACGCAGUCUUAUACACGAAAAAUAUCAGUCCCGACGUACCGUCCGUCACGGUCAGGUCCGCGUUGUCGACUUCGCCGUGCGCCCGUUGCACCACAGCCGUCUUCCGGUCGCUCCGCCGGACCACGUACGCGCGCCGACAGUUUAAGGUUGCAGUCAGUACGACGUCGAUUACACGUUUCACGCGGAAAGUGCGGAGCACCGUGCGGCGGGAAAUGCUGGACAGGACGAGCGUGUCCGGUGAGGAUAUCCGGUGGCGUCGACGUCGUCACCGUUUGCGGUUCGCGGUCGACAUUGCCGCUGACUAGCGACCGUAGUGCACCAUCGCCCGGAAAAAACUCGCCGCGGCGGCUAUAGCGAUACACCCGAGCUGCGGCGAUGGGCAACCUGCAAAGCUCAACCCCGCCAACACGUGGCGUCGGCGGCGGCGGCAGCACCAAGAGCCGGAACAAAAAGCCGUCGGUGACCGGAACGACUCGGGAUUGGCUGUUGGGGGGCGCGACGAGGGCGCUACGGAAACCAGUCGCGCCAAAGGUGGAGGCGAUGGCGGCGGCGGCAGCGGGUCACGUGACCGUGACCAGUCGUGACCUCCACCGGCAGCAGCAGACUCCCCCGACCCGCGACGAUACCGAUCGUCGUCAUCAUGCAGAUGAGCAACAACAACAGCACCGGCAGGAGCACCACUGCACUACUAGUCGUCGCCGCCGCCUCCACCACGACGACGACGACCGCGACCGCGACGAGUCGACCGCCAGUUCUUCGACCGACGAGGAGUCUUCAGUGUUUGCCGACACGCUGACUAGCCCGCAGAGCGUGUACUCGGACGCCAGAGACGAACCGGACGACGACGACGAUCGCGACUCAAUGGUGGUGAACGGCGGCGAAAGGCUGGGCGGCAGUGCCGGGCGCACGGCUUUCACCAUCGUCAAACACCGCAAAGUCGAACUGAACCCGACCAAAAUACAGUCGAAUGUCGCAAACGGUCAGGUGCAGGUAGACUCGAUCCGACGUAGCAAUAGUUCGCAACUGAGCGACGGUCCCAGAGACGGGAGCGUCCUCAGAAGGGUCGCCAAGGUCACGCUGGACCAGGCUACAAAAGAUCUAAAGCCGGUGAGACCGAAACAUGUGCCUGAAAAGUUGGACUUCAAGAACCACGAGAAGUUCGAAGGUCAAGUGCUAGUGAACUGGCUGGUUUCAUCAUUCAGCACGGAGGAACAACGCAGGGAUGCCCGGUUACUUUUGCCGCAGAUAUGCACGGAUCUGAUGACCGCCGGCGUCAUCAAACAGAUACGCGAUAAGGAUGCGGUGGUCAGCGAUUUGUUUAAAUCUGACCUCAUGUAUUACUGGGCUCAUUCUGAACUGAUCAACUCUACAUCAUCGUCACCCAAACGAAUUAGCCAAUCAUCAUGGUUAACGGACAAAUGUUCAGGUGUUGAAAAUGGUAAAGAUGGGCAAACGCUUCAAGCGUAUUCAAAAUCAGAAGAACUACAAGAAAUUCAAAACAAAACGGUUUCGAAACAGGCACCACUUAAAAACGGUAUAGGAUCAAUUCAUAAAGAAAAUAUGCCAGAUAUUGAAAAUAUAUCUGAUUAUACGCCAGUUAAAACUCCUAAGCCGACAACUUUGUCAAUCAGACGAAAAAAGUCACUAUCCUCAUUAUCCGAUAAAUUUUCGGCUCUAUCAAUAGACCAGUUAAAUAUUUCGGAUAGACAAAUAAAUGGAAACAUACCCGAUGAAAAUGUCUUGAAAAAAGUUAAUGGCGCACAUUCUCCGACUAGAAGUAUAUCCAUCUCAUCAACACCUAAAAAUAAUUUCAAAGAUUCUCCUACUUCAACAACUAGUACUAAUGGUGACGAUGAUUCUUUAUUUUAUACUCCAGUCGGUGCAAAUGAUGCAACGUACAAUAGUAUUAUAUCUCCAAUAACAACUACACCAAAAGCAUCCUCUAUUAAUAAGGUCGCCUUUAGUGAUCUAUCGCCAAUUUUGGAUCAAAGUGAUAUUAGUACUGUUAUUCAUAGUGCUGAAUCAUUAUUGAGUUCUCCUGAAGUUGCCAUAGAAGCUAUAAAAUGUGAUUUUUCGGUGAACUCUUUUACUUCAAACGAAACUGAUGAUAUUCUCCAGAAGCAAACACUGCCUGAUAUCAUUACACCAGCAUUUGUUGAAACCAAAAGCCUUCAAUCAAAGACGAAAGAAAAUACUAAAUCGUUUUUUUCUAAUAGUAACAUCCCAAACACAUCAACUUUGCUAAAAUCAGAAAUUACUGUUCCUCCUCCACCACCUUUUCCUAUUUCUGAUACCAGCAUUUCACUUCCAUGUACUUCUCCACCACCACCACCACCACCACCACCGCCGCCGCCGCCACCACCACCACCGCCUCUACCACCACAACUAUCUGUAAGUGAUCUUCCUCCUUCACCUCCUCCACAGUUACCUGGGAGUAUUAUUCAUCUUCCUUCAAAACCAACUGAGAAUUUAAUACCUCCUCCACCUCCUCCUCCCCCACUACCACAAUUAUCUGUAAGUACUAUUCCUCCUCCUCCUUUAGGUAAUUAUAUACCUCCAUCACCAUCUAAUAUAAACAAUUCGUCUAGUGGUAUACUAUCACCACCUCCAUUAUUUAAUAAAUCAGCUGCAAUCAAUGGACCCCCACCACCCCCACCACCAAUAACUGCCCCCACGCCAUUCCCUGCUCCACCAAUCGGAGGCUGGAAUGCUCAACGAGAUUUACUACGUAAAAAACCAAUAACACCACCAGUACCAAUGAGACCUUUAUAUUGGACUAGAGUAAUUAUUAAAGAACCAACUGUUGAAACACUUACACCAACUACCCCGGAUUCACCAGAUAGCUUAAAACCGUUAUGGAGUGAUUUAGAAGAAGCUCCCAUACCAAAUAUCAAUGAAUUUUCACAACUUUUCUCCAGGCAAGCAGUUGAACAAAAAGUUGCGAAAAAAAAAGUGCAACAUAAAAAAAAAAUAGAGGAAUUUAAACAAUUGUUGGACACUAAAAGAUCCCGAAACGUUGGGAUUCUAGCUCAAAGUUUACACUUAGAUUUUUCCGAAAUUGAAAACGCUCUUUAUAAUUUUGAUACAUCUGUAGUUAGCGUUGAAGUUCUUCAACAAAUUUACGAAGUGGCGGCUACAGAGGAAGAAUUGGCUUUAAUUAAAAGUCAUGUGGCAUCCCAUCCAGACCAGCCACUCGACAAACCUGAACAAUUCUUAUUGGAACUCAGUGAAAUACCACAUUUUGGCGAGCGCGUAGCAUGUUUAAUAUUCCAAUCUGAUUUCAAUGAUGCCUUGAACAACAUAGCAAGCAAAUUAAAUAACAUGAAGGCCACAUCAGGGUUUUUAAUGACAUCCGAAAGUUUAAAGAAAGUAUUGUCCAUUAUAUUAGCAUUGGGGAAUUAUAUGAAUGGAGGCAAUAGGCAACGUGGUCAGGCAGACGGAUUCGGUUUGGAAAUUUUACCUAAACUCAGAGAUGUCAAAAGCAAAGACAACUCUAUGACUUUGUUGCAUUUUAUUGUACGAACAUACAUUUACGAAUGUAAAGAACCUAUGAAGGCCACGCUGCCUGUACCGGAGCCAAGUGAUGUUGAUCGAGCAGCACAUGUAACUUUUGACGAUUUGCAUCAAGGUCUUAAAGAACUAAAAAUAAAACUAGCAGGUUGCAAAAAAAAAGCUGACAAUGUAAUACUGUCGUCUGCUUAUGACAGCUUGGAACCAUUUAAAACAAAAAUGGAAUCAUUUUUUUCAAUGGCACACAGACAGUUAGAAAAUGAACACGAGAAUUUAGAAGAAAGUAAAAAGCUAUUUAUUAAACUAAUGCGAUUUUAUCAGUUCCAACCAAAAACCAGUAAAAGUCUUUUAGAAGUCGCGCCAAAAGAUUUCUUCCCAUUAUGGUUACCAUUUUGUACGGACUUUAAAGAUUUUUGGAACAUGGAACAACAACGAAUCGUCAAAGAAAAGCUUUUGGAAAGUAAAAGAAGAACAAAAGAAAGACAACAACUAGUUAGGACAAACAAGAAAUCACUAGAAGGACUGAAAAAUCAAAUUCAAUCAAAAUUCAAAUGACUUUUACAAUAUUGAUUUCACGAAUGGAAGAUAAAAAUAAUCAAAUUUAAGACUGAACGAAGAUGUAUUGCUUAUAAUUAACUACUCAGCUAUACAUAAUUGAAUGCAUGUUGUAAGAAAUAUAUGUACCCUCCAAUACCUUUAAGAAAGCUUGAACUUUAUGGGUUCUUAUAUUUUUCUUUUUUUUUUCGUACCAGAGUUAAAAUUAUAAUAUAAAAUACA